GGUUUAAUUUCUACAACUGAGAAACAGGUAGAUCGGGAAAACAAAGAGGAACACAUUCUAGAGGUGAUAGUGUCCGAUAAUGGCACCCCUCCUCUGCAGUCCACCUCUCUCGAGUUGUCAUACAGGUGUUGGAUGUGAAUGACAAUACUCCUACAUUCUCCCAGAAACUCUUCACCGCCCAGCUCCCAGAACGUGCUGAAUCCCUUGAACCUGCUCCAAUAUACAGGCUCAUAGCAAUGGAUAGAGACAAAGGAAUAAAUGGCCAAGUGACAUAUAGUAUUACUGAACAGGAGACAGCUGUCUUCACAAUUGAUCCCACAACUGGUGUCAUCUCUUCCACAGCAGCAUUUCCAGCAGGGAACUACACCAUAUUAACAGUCAGGGCUACAGAUGGUGGAAACCCUUCUCGUUCUUCCACUGUGAGGCUGCACAUCCAAUGGAUCCACAACCCUGCACCCCCAGAUGAGCCAUUAACAUUUUGAUGAGCCACUCUUUACCUUUCAAGUUAUGGAAACUGACCCGGUGAACCACAUGCUGGGA